AUGGAUGAUGCAGAAAUCGAACGCUGUCCGCCCGUAGCGACUGUCUCGGUGCCGGAAGAGCUGCAGGUAAAAUCGAACGCAAUCGUGCGCUUCCUGAACGUGCAGAGCACGGUACCGUUCGCGCGCCUGAAGUGCAACACUAACCUCAACAUGCCACCAUCGAACUGGCUCAGUAAUUCGGCAAACUCGUACGGGCUUGGUCAGUUCCUGUCACACCAGGCCGGUUUCAGUAGCUUCCGGAUGGCCAACAUGUUUCCGGAUUGUGUCGGUGGCGUCGAUGUGGUGUCGGACGCCGAAAACAUUAAACGCCUCCUGAAGCUACCGUAUUCGCGCAAAAGCGUCAUCUCGAUGAUAGUGCACCGGAUUGAAAAUACACUGCUGAUCGACGAGUUCGAUGUGGCCAACUAUCUGCUGCGGCAGGAGGAAAGCGAGUGGCAGUGGUUGCGCUCGUUCCUGCUGGAAAACAUCCUGAAAAGCUUGAGUGACAGUGAGCAGAAGCUGUUGUUGCAUCCGAAAACCCGUGAAGUGUUCCGCCAAAAGUACCUGACGUCGAAGUUUCUCUACCACAGUCUGCAGGAAUCCGGCGAAAAGGAUUUGGCCGCCGAAGUCGCUGCCCCAAAUGAUUGCGCACCCUACAAAGUGCUUCCGCUGGCGGGGCCCGUUCUUCCGGAACCGACGCGCGACGAGCACCUGCCGGAUGCGCAACAAACCAAUCACGUGUUUAACCGGAACGUCAUCUGGACAUUCGAGGACAUCCGCAUGUUGAUCGGUACCGAUAUGCCGAUCUUUGGCGGUGCCAACCGACCGUGCAUCAGUUUGCGGUUGCGUGACGAAGCGAAACCGAUCAACGUGCUCACCGGAAUCGAUUACUGGCUGGACAAUCUGAUGUGCAACGUGCCGGAGGUGGUGAUGUGCUACCACCUCGACGGGAUCGUGCAGCGGUACGAGUUGAUCAAAACGGAAGAUCUUCCGCGGCUCGAGAACUCGGAGUUUUCCCCGCAGUUGAUCCGCAACGUGGCGCAAAAUAUUCUCGCCUUCCUCAAGGCGAACGUCACGAAGGCUGGCCACACGUACUGGUUGUUUAAGGCGCGUAACGACGACGUGGUCAAGUUGUACGAUCUGACGACGCUGUGCAAAGGCACCGACGGCGCAACGGAGGGGGACGAAGCGCCCGAUGGUCUCGCGGGGACGAAACACCGACCAAUGGACGGGAACGGUGCCAACGGCGGUGCGCAUAGCGAACGGCACCGUUCACCGGGUGGAGCCGACGGUGGAUCACCGAUCGGGGAUCAAAAUCCAUUCACCGUUCCAGUCGCGAUGCUACUGUACACCGUGGCGCGAAAUAUGAAAAACUCCGUCGAAGGAGGAGGAAGCUUGCCGGCCUCGAAAGCUGGCGCGAUACGGACACUGCUCAAUAACUGCAUUAAACUGUUGCCGAAGGAAAAGUAUCCUCAAAUCGUGACGUCAUCGCACUACAUUCUGUCCGAUCUACACAUCCCGGCGGAUACGGAUCCUGGCUGCCCAAAGUUCAAUUCCGACGUUGACGAGGAGGACGACGAUGAAAAGGCAUUUAUGUUUGGGGAACGCAACUCAACAGAGCCGUCUGAACACGACGCUUUAGACGAUACGGUAGAGGAAGAGGAUGGUUCUCAGGGCCGUGAAGGCAAAUUUGAAACAGCCAUCAAGAGCAUCCAGGAUACGCUGAAGGAGUACAAGGGGGACGUUGGAGAAAGGCUGGGAAAGCACAACUCCCGUCCGGCCCCGUUACUGAGCGAUACGGCCGAGAGGUGUCGCAUUGCACUGCAGCACAUUGUCGACGGGUUGCAGUGCUUGCAGUACUUCGACAGCUACGAGGAGCAAAAGCAGCGGGAACAGCAGAAAGAAGCCGAACGCCGGCGCAUCAUUCACGAGGAAACGCAUCAAAAUAUGGUCCAGCCGGACAGUGCCAUCCCUUUGCCGUACGAGCGGCUGCGAAUGGGAGAGGCAUUGAGGCAAACGAAUCCGGACUCACCCAUUCCGAUGGGCUGGAAGGAGACCGCCGGUCGACCGGAUGGUGCAGAGGACGGUGAUGAGAAACUGUCUCCCGGGAAAGCCAAAAAGCGCUCCAAACGCAACAAGCAUUCGGACCGGCAGAAGAAACCGGGCAAGCUCAACCAACCGGUGGAAGGUUUCGAAACUCCCGGUACUGGGACGGAUCCGCGUGCCCUGCUGUUGAAGGGGCAACUCGGUGUGAUCAAAUCGUGGAACGUACAUCUAAAGAUUCUGCUGUUCGAGAAGGCGUGUUUGGUGUACGCCACGAUGGCCGAACAAGAGUACGGGCAGCAAAAUUAUGGCACAACACUGCGGCACCUUUACUCCGCGAUUCGCUGCCAGCAGGUGGUCACAAAGUACAUUGCGUUCGUUUCGUCGCAGCGUGGUUUGUUGCUGGGCCGCGCAGGCGAUUGCUUUUUCCAGCUGGCCAAGCAGUGGGACAACAUUGGCCAGUACAUGGAGCAGUUCCGGACGGAGCAGCGACUGGAUCAGCUCAUCAUGGAGGAACUGGUGAAGGACAUCGGGGUGGAAGUGGAAAAUGCACUUCCCACACCGACGGAGAACGUCGAGCAGCUGAUGAUGACAAGCUGCGGAUGCUACGAGACGGCGAUCGCUUGUGCGACGACGAAGGAUGCCCAGGAUGAGCUACGACGGCGCUUGGGAAGCGUGCGCAACGAGCUCGGCGUGAAGUACAUGCACUGGGCGCAGGAAGAGUACCAGCGGUACUGGGAGGCUCACCCAGUAGACACGGUCGACGACGAGCCGGAGCCUUCCGGAGAUGGUCGAAGGGAGGAACCACUGUAUCAACUGUUGGCCAAGAAAUCGUACGACUCGCUGCAGAAAGGGGUCAAUCUGUUUGAGGCGGUGGCCGAUACCACGAACUUGGCAUUUUUACUCUGCAACAUGGGCCGCUUCAUGCGCUUCCGGGCCCACAUACAUCUUGUUGGUGAAAGACCAAACAACGUAAAUGUGCAGAAAAAGUUCUACCACGAAGCGUUCGGUUACUAUCAGCGUGCCCUGGCGACGUUGGGGACGCGCAAAGAGAACCCGGAACUGUGGUCACUGGUGACCUGGGAGCUCUCGACUGCCACUUUUAAUCUCGCCAAACAGCUACAGGAUCACAACGUUAUCAACCCAGAUAGCAAAGGUCACGGUCCAUCGACGGAGGAAAUCGAACAGGAGGUGGUAGAAAUGUUGCAGCGAGCACUGAAACUGUGCGAUCAGGACAACAGUGGCCCCAAGCAGGUACUUUACUCCUUCCGGGCGGCCCUGAUUCAUCACCGGAUCGCUUCCUACUACCACAUGUCCUAUCGCAAAACCGUGGACGAACAGCGGCGCAAGACGGUGCUACAGCUAACGAAACUGCACUACGAGAAGGCGGCCAAAACUUUCGAAAGCCUCACGGAGCCGCAAGAGUUUCUGCAGAUCCAACUGGAGCGCAUCGCCCUGCAGGAGUACCAGUGCGAGCAGUCACAAGCGACCGCGGCCAAAACGCGCCACCUACUGGUGGCCCUCGAACUGUGCAAACAGGCGCUACCGUUGAUUGACCAACUGGCAUCGACUAGCAAAUCGCAGGUCGGCGACGUGCCCUCGAGUGCGGCUGACGUUGCCGGUGUCGAAGAGUUGCAGAAAUUGCUCGAUCUUUUCGAAAAGCGGUUGCAGGUGAUACUGCGGACACUGACGAAACUGUCGCUCAUCGCGGCCGGAAAGAAGGACACGAGCGCCACGGUCGAACGCAAUGCGGCCCACUACAAGGCACUGUUUGCGGUGGCCCUUCUGAAGCGCCCUGCCACGACGACGGACGAUAUUGCACGCGAAAGUGCAAACGCAACGAACGCUGAAUAUGCCUUACAUUUAGCCAGCAUUUUGCGCAAAAUAUGUGAUCUCGAUCGUGACCACGAAGCGGCGUCAAGGUGAGCGUGUGACCGCCGGCGAAGACUCACGCCGCUCGCUCGCCAGUCA